GCUCUCCGCCCACAUAUGGAAGCUUGUUUUUGCACUCCAAGGACUAUAUAAAGAAGAUGGUAUGUGAAGCAAGAACAAUCUCAAGCACUUCAGUGUAUGCUGCAUAUUCUUAUUCAUCACCGGGGGGUCUACUCCUGAGGAGCGGAUGAAGAAACAAAUUUUGCUUUUAUUCACAUUUAGAGGGAUAGUGAGCAAAGCCAAAAAGGGGAAAAAAAGAAAAUGUCCAAUUUUAUAUUACGGAAGGCCCAACCAAAUGACGUGUGCGAUCUCUUGCGACUCAUAAAGGAACUUGCCAAAUUUGAAGAGAUGGGAGAGCAGGUCAUCCUGACAGAGAAAGAACUACUGGAAGACGGCUUUGGAGAGCAUCCGUUCUACCACUGCUUGGUUGCUGAAGUCCCAAAAGAAAAGCAAACACCUGAAGGAUACACUGUAAUUGCCUUUGCCAUGUACUACUUCACCUAUGACCCUUGGAUUGGAAAGCUGCUGUACUUAGAAGACUUCUUUGUCAUGCCGGAGUUUCGGGGGCUUGGCAUUGGAUCCGAGAUCCUAAAGGUCUUAAGUGAGACGGCAGUGAGGACUCGCUGCAGCAGCAUGCACUUCAUCGUGGCAGAAAACAACACAAAGUCUAUUGAAUUCUACAAGAGAAGGGGGGCUGCUGACCUUUCCUCCGAGGAGGGGUGGCGUCUUUUUGCUAUUGAAAAGGAGGAACUGUUGAAAAUGACCAACAGUUGAGAUGUUUUACCUUAUUACAUUUAAAUAUAUAAUGUAUAAGUGUAUCCUACAUGCUACUGAUAUAUAGUCCAAAAGCAUGCUCAAUGUGUUGUAAAUCCAAUGUAAAGUGUAAAAUGCAAAUUCAACUGAUUCCACUUCUGAUGGCAUGAAUCUCGAUCGACGUUAUAUCGGAAAGAGAUUUCUAUUUCUUUUUACGUUUUUAAUGCCUGCAAAAGAAUGUGUUUUUUAUAUACCACUCCAGGAUGUAUUCAUUCAUAUAUUGAUCACAAAGCCAGCUGGACUUGGUUGUCUUACCAUUCCUUCCAAUAAAGACUGUUUCAAAAUGUUAA